AUGGCUAUAGACAGCAAAUUAUGGAAUCGAUUGUCUCCCGCUAAUCAGAACGAGGUUAUUGGUCUUCUGCCAAUUCUCGGCGGGAAGUGCAGUCAGCUUGCGACUGUUUCCCGGGCUUGGCGAUCAAUUAUCGAGCCGCUCAACUUUGCCGAGAUCAGUCUGACGGUACCGCGCCUUACCGAGCCCAACUCUCAAGCUAUUCUGGUCCGAAAGAGAAACCAGAUUCGCUACAUCUGGUUUCGGGUGGAACUGAAGCGGUACGAUUGCACAGAAUGUGAGAGCAAUAACCAGGACCGAUGGGGCUUAGACGCGGUUGACAACCAAUUCAUCGUGAACGCGUUUCAUAAGUUGUUCAGAACACUAAGCGCAUGGGAGCCUCGUGGAGACUUGGUUCUCGAUAUCAGCGUCUACUCACCCAGUGACAACCAGCACUGGUUCAAGUAUAUAAGCUUCUACUCAGACACCGACACAGUCGAGCCUUCUCAUCAUGGACACGAACAUGGAGUCACCGUGAAUGACCCGGCUCAUGGCUGGGUUGUCGGACAGCCCAUCGCUGCUCCGAGUGAACAUACCAUAGAUCACGUAUUUGACGAGAUCAUGGGCGAGGGCCCUUUCCCAGAUGACGAAACUGAGUUCCAGUGGUGGCGGAGUCUCCCCCGUGUGCCUGUGGUUGGGGUUGUGCUCUUUCGCCAACAGACUCGUCGACGAUGGAAGCCACUCGCAAUCGCUAAUAUGCUUACGCGGUUCCCAAACAUAAAGGAAGUUUGUUAUGAGCCUUGGAGAGAAUUGGGUGGAAUGGACUUGCAGACGGAUAAAUGGAACCAAAAGCUGAUCGAAAGCUUCCCCCAAAUUGGAUCAUUAUGCAAGUUAACAAUAUUCGAGAACGUCGAUCAGUCUUACCCAGAAAUAUACCGGCAGACUUACCCAGGAAUACACCGGGCUCCCGCUAUCAGGGUGCCAAGCCAAGGCGUGAGCCAGGGGCUUGCUCGUACUAGUCAACACCUUGAGAUGCUAUCUGCCUCCUUCAUGGCCGAUGCCAGUCUCUUCUUCGCGGCGCCUCAGAUUCAAUAUUCAGGGACGUGGAGUAAACUUACUUCACUGGCGCUGACUUCAAACGUCCUCACUGGAGAUGCAGACCCACAGUAUGUUAGUGACAUGCUUCAGAAUGCUGCCUACACUGCACUUAAGAUGCCGAGACUAAACGUGAUGGAGUUAUGGAACGGCAGAAAAGGCGUAGCGAUGCUCUUUCGCUACCAGAGGCCUCGAGAAGAUGGGGAGCCAGCCGUCAUUACUGUACGGGGGACAUCAGAGCUUGCUCUAGAGACUACAGUUGUGGAGGCUUGGGAUUUGGUUGCUUACCGGCACGGCCAUAGUAAGGUCGCCAUACAAACCUCUUCGAUCGAUCCGAAUGAGAUCAAAAGCCACGGUGAUGCUAUCUGCCAGCUGGGACUUCUAACUGAGGUCACUAGACCUGUCUCGCUACGGCAGAUCAUCAACGAAAAUUCGGUUUCACGCGCGAGACCAUUACCACCACCACCACGAAGUUCAUACUUAGAGUACAGAACAAUUCUUGCAAUGAUCGAAAUCUGGGACCAACAGCGACAGCAGCAGCAAUGA